AUGGAAGUAGACACCGAAUCCAACAGGAAGACCGGCAAAAGCGGUUUGAGCGACACCACGAGCGACGUGUGUGAAUGUGACGACAGUCUGGACAUUUUCGAGCGGUGCGUUCAGGAUCCGUGUUCUGACGCCUGGGAGGGGCUCGACGAAGAAGCGUCCGACUGUGACGAUGAAGACGUGCUGUUGGAAGGCGUACAGGCGCAGUAUGCGCGUGCUGUGCCUGUGCAAGCUAGACAGCAAACCAGCGGUAAUUCUGAAAACACCGAUAUGCCGCGUUGCAGUACGUGCCAUCGGCUGCGGCGCUGGAAAAAGUGCGCCGACUGCGACGAACCCAUGCUCCGGUGUUCGCGCACCAGCAGUUUCAUGGUACAAUUGUCGCGCCAGGCGUCGCGACAAUCCAUGCCCGACGCGCCCGACAAUGCGCUACCCUCACCAACCCACCACAACCUAGACGCUUCCGUUUCGAGUCGGUCCCGGUCCCGGUCGUCAUUCAGCGGCUCUGCUGCGAUUCCGACUCAUUUAUACUGUCUGGAACGAUUCGUCAGCUCAGAACUCGAUUCUGCCACAGCUGAAUUCUUCGAGCCUGCCGAGCCGACCGUUAGUCGUGAACCUCACGACGAAACGCCCCAGGUGGCCCGUAGCCCAGAAUUGCCCUUCAAUGCGUCUCAGGACUCGUGCCGCUCCAAAUCAAGUUGCAGUUCCCCUUCCAAUUCCGACACCUCACCUUACCCCGGUCUUUCAAAUGCCGCGGCGCCGUCCUCCAAAAAUUCUACAUACAGCAUUCCCAGCCUCAUUCACAGGCGAAAAUCGCGUGUUUCCUCCAUAGAGGUGUCCUUGCUGAAUUCAAUGACGUAG